GCAAAGAGUGUGAUCAUCAUCACAUAGGGGCUUUGCUCUUUAUCUCUGUGAAUUUUCAGAUUCUCUUCAGAAACUCCAUUUCUUCUUCUUCUUCUUCUUCUUCUUUAGUGUAUAUUGUAUGGCCGCCAAUUUGCAGAGCCGUGGACUCGUGAGUUUGGGGAAGCGAGUUGUUAACCAGAUCAGCUACGCAAGUGCUCGAACUACUGCUAAUUCACCUUCCCUCUCUGGAAGGAGGGGUGUGCAGACGUCAGUGUACGACAAGAACCCGGAGGAUGAUGUGCGCGAUUCGGUUGUGCCUGAUGAAGUGAUAGAGGCACAAUCAGACAAAUACUGGGCUCCUCACCCACAAACUGGGGUGUUUGGGCCAGCAGAUACUGGUGGCGCGGAACGUGGCUUUCACUCUUCACCAGCCACUGCUGCUACUGCUGAAUCCAUUUUGGAGCAGAAGGCGUUCUUCCGCCCUCUUGAGGACUUGGAGAAGCCCAUGCUUAAUUAAUUUCACGUACUCGAGUUAAAUUGCUUUAUAAACUAUAUAUAUAUAUUGAGUUCUAGUAAAGCUGUUUGCUUGUGUUUGUGUUUAUGCGAGUCAAUAGUGUAGAUUUAAGGUGCAGUAUAGACUAAUAAGGUAUUAAAGCUGCACUGCUUUUGAAGGUUCGUUCAUAUGGUAAUGUAAUAUGGGUGUCUUUUACCUGAUGAUGAACUUUUUGCUUUCAGAAUAUUACGUUACUUUCAAAGUCUUUA